CAGCGGGCGGUAGAGGCGGGGCGGAGCCGGAAGCGGCGGCCUGUCAUCGCCACCGGCUGAGGCCCUGGCCUGAAAGGCGGGCUCGGUUCGGCUGGGCUCAUUGCGGGUCCGGGCAUGAAGCUGGUCCGGGCCGCCUUGGGCCUGCUGCUGCUGGCGCCACCCCUGGUGCAAACGGUGGAGCCUAUCAGCCUGGGGCUGGCCUUGGCCGGUGUGCUUACCGGCUAUAUCUCCUACCCGCGUCUCUACUGCUUCUUCACCGAGUGCUGCGGACAGAAGCGGAGCCUCAGCCGGGAGGCAUUGCAGAAGGACCUUGACAACAAGCUCUUUGGACAGCACCUUGCAAAGAAAGUGAUUUUAAAUGCUGUGUCUGGGUUCAUAAGUAACCCAAAGCCCAAAAAACCUCUUACCCUUUCUCUGCAUGGAUGGACUGGCACGGGCAAAAACUUUGUCAGCAAAAUCAUAGCUGAACAUAUUUAUGAAGGUGGACUUAACAGUGAUUACGUACACUUAUUUGUGGCCACGCUGCACUUCCCACAUGCUGCGAACAUCACCCAAUAUAAGGACCAGUUACAGCUGUGGAUUCGGGGGAAUGUGAGUGCCUGUGCAAGGUCCAUCUUCAUAUUUGAUGAAAUGGAUAAGAUGCAUGCAGGGCUUAUAGAUGCUAUCAAGCCGUUCCUAGACUACUAUGACUUGGUAGAUGGGAUCUCCUAUCAGAAAGCCAUCUUCAUCUUUCUCAGCAAUGCAGGAGCAGAAAGAAUAACAGAUGUAGCUUUAGAUUUCUGGAGGAGUGGAAAGCAGAGGGAAGAAAUCAAGCUGAGAGACGUGGAACAAGCCUUAUCUGUAUCAGUCUUCAAUAACAAGAAUAGUGGCUUCUGGCACAGUAGCCUAAUUGACCGAAACCUCAUUGAUUAUUUUGUUCCAUUUCUUCCACUGGAAUACAAACACCUAAAAAUGUGCAUCAAAGUUGAAAUGAAAUCUCGUGGCUAUGAAGUUGAUGAGGACAUUGUAAAUAGAGUGGCAGAGGAGAUGACAUUCUUCCCCAAAGAGGAGAGGGUUUUCUCUGAUAAAGGCUGCAAAACUGUAUACACUAAAUUGGAUUAUUACUACGAUGAUGACGACUAAUUAUUUCAGGAUGCAUUUAUUUGUGUUGAAAUAGAAAGUACUCAAAAUGGAAACACUUUGGCCUUUUUUUUUUUUUAUUCUUUUUCCCAGAUGAGGAGGAAAAUGAAUUUUUAGUCUUUUAUAAAAAAAAAAAAAGGAAUUUCUCUGUGCAUUUUUUUUAUUCAGAGGAAUCUGCAGUAACCAUCGAACCAUUUCAAAAGCCUGGAUCUGCCUUCCUAACUUCCAUGGGAAAAGCACCAAUGAAAGAAAUUACCCAUUACCUAACACAUUUGUAAUAGUGCCUAUGAUUUUUUUUUAAAUCACAUUUUAAUUACAAGUUUCUGUUUCAAGAAAAGACAAGUAAGUUUUAUCUAAGAUGUGAUGAGCUGACUCAGAAUGGUUUUUAACAUCAUGAGAAACUUUAAGAGGCUAAAUUUUGAGAGUUUACCAAAAAAAAAAAAAUCUUGAAAAGGAGUGAUCAUGUUUUUAGUGGAGAAGCAUAAACAUCAGUGAUCUGGAAAGCAUUCCCUAAGUUUAUAUCAGUGUAGCCCAAGGCAGGAAUAUGGAGAAAGCAGACUGUCAGAAGAGGAUAUUUGAAGCUGUCUUGUCAGUCCUGCCUAUAGGAGCUGAAAGAUUUUAAAGAAAAGAAAAAAAUCUAUGAGAAGAUGAACUUUUUGAGGCUAUGCAUUGUAUGUAUGUCAUAAAAAGCCUUAAAAUGUCCUUUCAAGGAAGAUAAAUUCAGUGUGGUGGUACUAAAAUAAUUGUUAAUGGGCUAAACUUAUAUAAGCGUUGCAAUAAUGAGUUUGUAAAAAACAAGAUUGUUCUUAAAAUGAAAAGUAAUGUGGUAUUCUGAAUUUGUUUCCAGUAUAUGACUUAGGAAAAGGAAGGACAAAUCACAUGUUAAAUUCAUACCAUCCCAGUUUUACUCCUUUUGAUGGCCUUGUUCCAAAGGAAGAGCAACUGCCCUAUUUAUAUGUGGUAGCUGAGUUCUGCUAUGUUUUUAAUCACUUCUCUACUAUGACCAGUUUGCUUUUAUGAUCAAGGAGUUAAAUAUACCCUCUCCCCACUCCUGCCCAAACCCUUUGAAAAUUCACAUGCAUCUAUUAAAGAUACUGAGGUUAGUGUUUUUAUUUAUAAAUACAAAUAACUGUUUUUUUCAAUAAAAUUUG